AUGCCGACCCUCUUAAGCAUCCCAGCCGAGCUUCGCAACCAAAUAUACACCUACCUCCUCUCCCCCUACAACAACCGCGAACCCCUCGAAGACGGCUCAUACACCUACGAAUUCUUUCAAUCUCUCGUUAUAUUCCGUAUCAACCGUCAAAUCUACCUCGAAUCUCGCAAGAUAUUCCACCAACUUAACACCUUCGUUAAAAUCUCCACUCCCUGGCAUCAAGCAAAGUACCAUGUCGCCUUGGACGGCCAAGUCGAUAUCUUGGAUGAUACGUUCCGGGUAGAAAGGUUUAGAUUACAUACUCUAUCAGUUCAGAUAAAUGCUGUCUACCCUUCUCCCGAAGCAAUGGAGGAUCCGCAGGCUAUGUUUUCAUUUAUUAUUUUAUUGGAAACAGGGGAUCAUGAUCGUUUCUGUCGGUCUUGGUUUUAUAGUUCGGUGACGAUGCCUUAUCUUAAUUCUCACUUGAUACUCAACAUCGGCCUUCAGGAUCCUUAUAUCUCUUCAUCACCAUUUCCAAUUCCCGGAGAACCUCACGUAUCGAAACAAAAGCAAUCGCAACUCCUACAACCAUUCGGACAAAUCAAAGACCUUCGCGAAUUCCACAUCAACGGCAACAUAACCGUCUACCCAUCAGUUCGAAAAGCAUUAAAAACAGAAAUGGAAACACCCCUAGACUCGCCCGAAACAUGUCUGGAAAGAGGUACAGAACUGAAGGAUCUCGGAAACGAAGCUUUGAUGGCUGGAAAAUACACCGAAGCAAUUAAACUCUACAACAAAGCCUUCCACGCAAUUCACAUCGUCAUCAACGCCAGAAAUCGAAGAGUCUACGGCGACCCGUUCUUCGACAAAAUAAUCCGCACUCCUGGCCCAUUUAAAGAUCAGCACGCUGGACAAGCCCGGAUCUUAUUAAGAGUACGAUUAGUCGCCAACACAAUCCUCGCAUACUUAAAACUACAAGACUACGACAUGGCUCUCUUGACUGGUAUGAGAACUAUCAGGUUAAUGAGAGCCAGCAUCGGACUCGACGAAGAUAAUGGAGCAUUAGACGCAGCUAUGGAAGCAUUAUCCGGAUUUAUCGCAUCCGGUGAAAUGGGAAAGAUUUAUUUCAGAACUGCAAUGGCAUAUAAAGCCCUGAACAGGAGAACGGAAGCAUACAAGCUACUUGCCGUCGCGUCGGUUUACUUGCCCAACGAUAAGACGAUUAAGCAAGAACUUGAAGCUUCGACAGCAAAGCGGGCAUAG